AUGACUCAAAAAUAAGAUAGAAUGAAACAUCUAAGAGUAUUAUCUCUGCUACUCAUAUUGUUUGCAGGAUCUUCUAUUGUUUCUGCAGAUACUUGCAAUUACUUUACCGACCCUUCUGAUAACUCAUGCGUAUAAAAGUGUCUUUAUCCUAAAGUGGGAGAUGUUGUGACUUAAACUUGCUUUUCAGAUGAUAGCUAUUGCAAAUAGUUCUAUAAUUAACUGAAAAAUAUAUGUCUCCCCUCCUGUCCUACACCCUUUAAGGCUUAACCUGCUCCUGGUAAGAACUAUUAAUUGUGUUCUCCUUGCCCUUACUAAGAUUCCUAAGGUAAUUGUUAUCAAUAUUGCCCUCCAGACCUUAUCACAGACACAAAUACUAAUAUGUGCUUAAACUCACCUCUAUAGUGCAAAGGAGUCUACAUUAGAGACAGAUAACUUUGCACAAAUACUUGUCCAUAUUUAUAUAUUCUUGAUAAGACUGCAAUUGACCCUAAAAUCUGCGUUAGCUGUAAGAUAUUAGGAAAUUGUUCAAGCUUGAUUAAUACUAAUACUAAUUCAAAUUCUGGAAAUAAUACUAAUUGCGCACUUUAUCUUGGAGCUGAUAUGUAAACUUGCGCUGUAAAAUGUCCACCUAAAUAAAUUGCUUUACCUUAAGUUAAAGGCUAGUAAUAUACUUAGUGUUAAGUUUGCCCUGAUUCUACUCCUUAUGUUAGUUAUGAUGGAACUUAAUGUCUAGCAAGAUGUGAUUCUGGAUAAGUAGUUGACUCUAAAACUUUAAAUUGUAUUAUGGCAUAAUAAUGCACCACAAACUUGCAUAGUGAUAGCAAAUAAAUAAGUUGGUGUGUUGAUAAAUGCCCUCUCCCAUUUUCUCCUUAACCCGUUAAAGGUUCAAAUUAUAAUUUUUGUGCACAAUGUUAUGCUGGGUAAUACAUAAAUCUGAUAGAUCAAAAAUGUGUAACUACUUGUGAUAUUGUAGAUGCUACUGGAAAAAUUUGUUUGCCAUCAAUUGUUUAUUGUAAAGGAUAUAUUUCUAAAGAUUUGACUAAAUGUUCUAACACUUGUGAUCCUGGAUAAUAUGUGAAUAAAGGAAAUUCUGAUGGUCAGUUUAUCUGUGUUGAUUCUUGCAAAAGUUCUUAAGUUAUUUGGCAGCAACAGUUAGCCAAUAACUAAGUCUAAAGUUAAUGUACUGAUGCAUGUCCUGUUUAUUAUUUUGCUGGAGAUAAAAAUGUUUGUACUCAUGUCGACAACUGUACAAGUUACUUAUCAAUCGAUGGAAAAUCUUGUUUGUCAAAAUGUGCACCUGGACAAAUUCCUUAAACAGUACCAAAUAAAAAAGCUUAGGUCUGUACACCUUGUUUCUAGAAGGUUUCUAGUGAUGGUAAAUCUUGUGUUGCUGAUUGUGGUGCUAAAGAAUUAUAUUUUGUUGAUAAUAAAUAAUGCCUUGAUUCAACUUAAUGUGAUGGAAUAGGUGGUAUAAAAAUAAAUGGCCUAUGCUUAAGUAAAUGCUAACCUGGCUUUAUACUGUAAGUAGACUCAAGCGGGAAUAAGUCUUGUAUCUCUCCCAGUAGCUGUUCUAAUUACAUUUCUUCCGAUAGAUUAUCUUGCGCUAAAAGUUGCGCAGUAAAUGAAGGAGUUUUAACAGACAAAAACCUAAAUUUUUGUGUAAUCUGCCCUCUAGGACUUGAUUCUGAUGGAAAAACCUGUUUGAAAAGCUGCUAAACUGAUUUUAUAUAUGAUGUUACAGCUAAAUCAUGUGUUUAUUCAAAAAACUGCUCUAAAAUGCUGAGCGCCAACGGAAAAAGAUGCGUCAGUACUUGUGAAUUUCCAGAAGUCAAACCAUCCUCAACAGCCACUUAAUGUGCUCUUUCAUGUGCAACAGGUUAACUUUACUAGGAUGGUGUUGGAUGCAUAGAUCCUAAAAAGUGUACAGGAUUUUAAUCUGCAAAUGGGAAAUUUUGUGUUUAAUACUGUAAUAGUAUAGGCUAAAUAAUAGAUAACACUACUUCAACUCCAAAUACAUGUAAAAAUUGUCCAGAUGGAUAGUUUCCUUAAGUUUAAUUUGAUAAAUCUAUUUUAUGCAUUGAUAAAAAUUAAGAUUAGGUUACCAAUAUUUAAGAUUAAUUGAGUAAUGCCUUAAAAACUUCAGGUGGAAGUACGUCUUUAACUCCUACUCAAACAGAAACUAUCAAAGGUUUAUUUUAAUCAAUCACUAAAGACCUAGAAUAAUAAAUUAGUUAAGCUAUUAGUAAUUCCAGUUAGCUAAAUUCUCUGAUCUAAUCAGGAGUUUCAAGUUUGAAGAAUUCAGUAUUUAGUUUGCUCAAAUAAAUUCCUACUUAAGAUGCUUCUACUAAUAUUGAUCAGGCUAAUAAUUAAGUAACAGAUUAGAAUUAAAUAAUUUUAGGCUCAAGUACAAUUUAGAUUAUUGCAGAAAAGUAGAAACCUGGCUUUGCAUUUAAAAUUUAAUUCAAUUUAAAGGAUUUAAUUGCUGGUUCUUCUAUUUCUCUUCAAUAAGAUAGCACUCAAGCUCCCACUUUUAGUUCUUCUUCUUCUUCGUCAUCAUCAUCUAGUUUAGGUAUUGGUAAUGCAAAAGGUUAGACUGAUUCAACAAUCUCUGCUAUGCAAGUCGCUCAUUUAGCAAACCACCCUUAUUGCUCUAACUGUCCUACUGGCCUUACAACAAUUGAUGCUAAGACUUCUUUAAGAUUUAGAAAUUUGUAGUCAAGUUCUGGAUCAACUUUCUAAAUGACUUAUGAUGUUGAUCCUUCUCAAAUUCAGAAAACAAUCUGUGUAUCUUAUGAUUCUAAUUAAAUCAUGACAGUUAACCCUACAAGUCUAGAUACUACCAACAACUAAAUAACAUGUACUUUUACAACUAAUUCUUCACUUUACUAUGACUCUACUUGUGAAUAUGUAAGUAAAUCUUUGUGCUCUUCUUCAAAUUCUAAUAACAAUUCCUCUUCAGGUUUUGAUGCAUCAAUUGUAAGUUCUAGUAGGUUACUUAGUGCUUCUGCUGCCUUAGUUAUUACCUUCUUAGCUUUAUUUUGA